CGGUGUCAGGGACCCCGCUCCCGUUACUUUACACACUUUGAACUUUUAUCAGCAGGAGUAACACAGAGCUCAUCGUCUCACGGCCGGACAGAGACAUGCAGUGGUGACCCCGCCUGGCUGGGUUACUCACUACUAGUUGGUAUAAGCUUCUAGGGAAAGAACGGAAAAGAAACAAGAGAGACGCGCAGAAAGCGCCGGUUUAUUUCUCCUCUCCACGAUGACGGCAAAAACUCUGGAAAAGGUGCCGGUAAAUCUCGGGGGGUUCGUGCAUCCCGCAGCAGAGAGCGUGUACUCGGUGGAUGACAUCGCCACCAGCCUGCCGACCUCUGUUGCCAUCUUCCCCAACAGCGACUUAGGAGCGCAUUACGACCAGAUUAAUGUGGCAGCAGAUGGGUUGAUGGGCGCAGACCUGAGCGCAGAGAAACGCUCCCUGGACCUGUCCUCCUACUCCAGCGGCUUCUCUCAGCCCGCACCCCACCGCAACCAGACCUUCACCUACAUGGGAAAGUUCUCCAUAGACUCCCAGUAUCCGAGUAACUGGAACCCCGAGGGAGUGAUCAACAUCGUCUCCGGCAUCUUCAACGUGGCCCAGCCGCCUCCUCCUCCCUCCUCCUCAGCGUCCUCCUCCCCGGCCUCUUCAGGAUCUCCCAAUCACUUCUCCAGCGGAAAUUUAAGUUGCACCAUGGCGGCUCAGAGCCAGGCAGAGAUAGACCACCACCACCACCUGUACUCACCCCCGCCUCCCUACUCCUCCUCCGGCUGCGGGGAGGUGUAUCAGGACCCCUCGGCGUUUUUGUCCACGUCCACUUGCCCCAUCGCUUCUUACCCUCCACCCUCCUACUCUUCGCCAAAGCAGCCCGGAAGCUCAGACGCACCGGGGCUUUUCCCCAUAAUUCCUGACUACUCGGGCUUCUUCCAGCCGGCGUGCCAGCGGGACAUGCACACGGCAGGUAUCCAGGAUCGGAAACCGUUCGGCCAGUGUCCGCUUGAUACAUUCCGCGUCCCCCCGCCGCUGACCCCGCUGAACACUAUCAGAAACUUUACUCUGGGGGGUCCAGUUGGCAGUGGCUCCGAGGGAGGACCGCCCAGGCUCCCCACCGCCUACAGCCCACAGAACCUGCCCCUGAGGCCGAUCCUGAGGCCCAGAAAAUACCCGAACAGACCCAGCAAGACGCCCAUCCAUGAGCGGCCGUACCCCUGUCCGGCGGAGGGCUGCGACCGGCGGUUCUCCCGCUCAGACGAACUGACCAGACACAUCCGCAUCCACACGGGACACAAGCCGUUUCAGUGCCGGAUCUGCAUGCGCAACUUCAGCCGUAGCGACCACCUCACCACGCACAUCCGGACGCACACGGGAGAGAAGCCGUUCGCCUGUGACUUCUGCGGUCGCAAGUUCGCUCGGAGCGACGAGAGGAAGAGACACACUAAAAUCCACCUGAGGCAGAAGGAGAGGAAGUCCUCCACUGUCUCCUCCUCGUCCUCCUCCUCGUCCAGCAGCUCCGGACUGGAGCGGUCAGGUGGCGUCAGCGCUACCAACGGGAUCUGUUCAUAGGCUUCCCUGGAACGUCCUGAUAUCACCAUGGCAGCGUGACGCACACUAACCCCUAAAAGAAAAAAUAACUAUCAGAUGAUGAUAUCGAAAUUGUUGUGAACUGAAGACUGCAGCGCAAUCACCAGAGUGGGAAUAAGUGAAAACUUUUGCGCAGUCGUGCGUAAUUACGCACCAAUUCCUGCUGCAGAAAGAGGGACACGAAUGCACUUUGCUUGCACAGUCUAUUGAACAUAUAAGUAAAUAUAGCCAUUAAUUCAUAGGAAUUUACAAGGGAGUUUGUAAUAUAAAGUAAAAAAAUAAAAUAAAAAUCCCCAACACUCCUCAAGCGGAGCGCACAGCCCACAUGUGUGUAAAUGUGAAAUAACUGCAAUAAGGUUACAAAGAAAUAAAACAGUUUUAAGUUAUUUAAUUGACAAAGAAUUCAUUUUUAACACGUUUGCUGAUGGCUGUAUUCUCCCUUCAGUGCCUUGCCGUGUGUCUUUUUGUACACUGAUUGAAUCAAGGACGCUUCUAAUACAAUGUAUAUUUGUCCUUUAAUAUGUAAAGUUGGAAAACAUUCUAUUUUUGUACACAUUUCGUCUCGUGUGAGUCUAAGUGUUCAGCAGUUGUGGUUCAUGUGUAAAACCAUGUGUAAAUAUGUUGAACUCAUACCGACCUGACAGUUUUGUUGUAAUGUAAUGUAACCUAUUAAAUGUAUGAGGAUGAUAAACACA